AUGUUUUCUGCGAGGACACCACCCCGAAUACACAACAUCUGCGCCCAAUGCCUCCGCCACUCCAAGCGUCGCCUCUACAGCAGCACAUCAAACAACCCACCUCCACCUCCCCCAACCGGCACAGCCAAACUUACCAACCGCCGCCUCGUCUCCCUCCACGGCCAAGAUGCGCCCAAAUUCCUCCAAGGCCUAGUCACAGCCAACGUCCGUCCGGACUCCCGCUCCGGUUUCUACGCCGCUUUCCUCACCGGCCAAGGACGAGUCCUGAACGAUGUCUUCAUCUACCCUACCCUUGGCUCGCGCUGGCAUCAAGACGUGAAUAAGAAUGAAGAGCAAGGGUAUCUGGUGGAAGUAGAUGGCGAGCAAACGGAGGCGCUGAUGAAGCAUUUAAAGCGGCAUAAGCUGCGGUCGAAAUUGAAGUUACGGCUGCUGGAGGACGGGGAGUUGGAUGUGUGGGGUUUGUGGAGGGAGGAUGAAAGAUGGACGGCGCAUACGAAGGGGCAGAAGGAGGGAGGGUUGAUUGGGCUGACGGAUUGUAGGGCGCCGGGGAUGGGGCAGAGGGUGUUGUUGCCGGAGUCUAGGUCGCUGGCUGUGCUGGGAGCGGAGGCGGAGGGUGUUGAGGAGGCGCCGCUGGAUGCUUAUAGAGUAAGGAGGUAUCUGAAGGGAGUGGUGGAGGGGCAGAAUGAGAUUCAGCGGGAGGAAGCGCUGCCUAUGAAUGCGAAUAUUGACAUUAUGGGUGGGAUUGACUUCAAGAAGGGAUGUUAUAUUGGGCAAGAGUUGACGAUCCGGACGCAUCACACUGGAGUUGUUCGAAGACGAGUUCUGCCGAUAGCGUUGUACGAUCAUGGAAGGGAGCCUCCGGGGACACUGACCUAUGAUGCUGGAUCGGGCAGACCACUACCAGAGCACGAUGUGGACAUCCGCAGGGACGACAAGCGAAAACGAGCUACUGGCAAGUUCAUUGCUGGCAUUGGGAAUGUCGGCCUAGCGAUGUGCAGGCUGGAGCAGAUGAGCGAUCUCACUGUCUCUGGCGAAGGCAGUUCCUUCAGCCCUGGCGACCGCUUCGUCGUUCAGAGCCCAGAUGGCCGGGAUAUUGGUGUCAAGGCAUUCGUGCCGGACUGGAUCCGCGGCAACGUUCGAGAGGCAAAAGUGCAGAAGCGCGUCACAUGA